AGGUGACGUCUGUGUGUUUCCGGUGGGUUGCUUUGUGGAGAGUGUCCGAUCGGUGAGAGUCGGUCAGCGCCGGAGUGAGGUGCCCUGAAUCGGCCUUCAUUUCCCCAUAUACGGUAAAGGAGAAACCCAGUGUGUGACGGCCGGUAUCAGGGUUCCGGGCGGGGAGAAGGUCGGGGAUCGAGUCACGUAACGAGGCGGACCGCGGGAUGAGCGCCGCCGGCUUCACACUGACGACAAGACGCCGAGGCGCUUCGGGAGAGCGAAAAAAAAAGGAAAUGAACAACGCACUUGAGCAGCCGAGCUGGCUUUGCAGGGCAGGGCUUCAGUUUAACUAAGGCUUAAGUUUAUUUCUGCAGAGGAAAGGAGAGAUUGUUUUUGUGGUGGGGAAAGCGACGGGAGAAAAUAUUAUGACCAGCUGGGCCUGAGUGCGGCUGCUUUUUUUUUGCCUUUUAACUUCAACCGUGAAAAUGUCGGUUCCUGCCUUUUUAAUGUGAAAUAAAUCACUGCUUUGAUCUCUUUUGGGCGAGUGAGGCGCUCAACAGUCGCCCUUUUAGGAGGAUCGUUUUGGGGUUAGACAAAAAAAAUUGAAACGAUAAAAUGUCAGCGAAGGUUCGCCUGAAGAAGUUGGAGCAAUUGCUCCUGAACGGACCUCAGAAGAAUGCAAGUUCAAUGAGUGUGGAGACUUUGUUGGAUAUUUUAAUAUGUUUGUACAACGAAUGUAGCAGCUCGCCUAUACGACGGGAAAAAUACAUUGCAGAAUUCCUGGAAUGGGCUAAACCAUUUACUUCUACUGUAAAGGAACUACGGCUACACCGAGAUGACUUUGAAAUGUUGAAAGUCAUUGGCAGAGGGGCAUUUGGCGAGGUUGCAGUGGUGAAAAUGAAGAACACGGAACGUGUUUAUGCUAUGAAAAUCCUCAAUAAAUGGGAAAUGCUGAAACGUGCUGAGACAGCUUGCUUUCGAGAAGAAAGGAAUGUUCUGGUGAAUGGUGAUUGCCAGUGGAUCACUACAUUACACUAUGCCUUUCAAGAUGAUAACUACUUGUAUUUAGUUAUGGACUACUAUGUGGGUGGGGAUCUGCUGACAUUGCUCAGCAAGUUUGAAGACAGACUUCCAGAAGAAAUGUCCAAAUUUUACAUAGCAGAAAUGGUGUUAGCUAUCGACUCCAUUCACAAGUUGCAUUAUGUACACAGGGAUAUAAAGCCUGAUAAUGUUUUGCUGGACAUGAAUGGACAUAUACGUCUUGCCGACUUUGGCUCCUGCCUGAAGUUGAUGAAUGAUGGCACUGUACAAUCUUCUGUAGCAGUUGGUACUCCUGACUACAUCUCUCCAGAAAUCUUGCAAGCAAUGGAGGAUGGAAUGGGAAAGUAUGGACCAGAAUGUGAUUGGUGGUCACUUGGUGUAUGCAUGUAUGAAAUGCUUGUUGGAGAAACUCCAUUUUAUGCAGAGUCAUUGGUGGAAACAUAUGGGAAAAUUAUGAAUCACCAAGAGCGAUUCCAAUUUCCAUCUCAUAUCACUGAUGUAUCUGAUGAAGCCAAGGAUUUGAUACAGCGGUUGAUCUGUAGUAGAGAACAUCGAAUUGGAAAAAAUGGAAUGGAAGAUUUCAAAAAACAUUCAUUUUUCAAAGGGAUCGAUUGGGACAAUAUUAGAAAUAUUGAAGCACCUUAUAUUCCUGAAGUCAGCAGUCCAACCGACACUUCAAACUUUGACGUAGAUGAUGAUAUUCUCAAAAAUCCAGAAUUGGUGCCUCCAGCCACUCACACUGCUUUUUCUGGACUGCAUCUGCCUUUUGUUGGCUUCACAUUUACCACCACCAGUCCUUUGUCAGAUAGAACUUCUUUGAAAAUAGGCAUGCAAUCAGAAUCGAUUGACAGAGAUGCAGAUGUACGGAUAGACUUGGAAAACAGUUUACAAAUUGAGGCUUAUGAGAGGCGAAUCCACAGGCUUGAACAAGAAAAACUGGAACUAACUAGGAAACUGCAAGAAUCUGCACAAGCGGCACAGUCACUUAAUAGUUCAACACGUGGAAUGGGAACCAUCAGCAGAGAUAAAGAAAUUAAGAAGUUAAAUGAGGAAAUGGAAAAACUGAGAAAGCAGUUAGCAGAAUCUGAUCGGUUAGAACAUCAGCUUGAAAAUGCAGUGUCUCUUCGUCAAGACUUUGAGGAAUCUACAAACAAAGUAAAAGCACUUGAAAAGCAGAUUAAAGCACUUAAGCAAGAAAAAGAAGAAAAUCACAAGCAACUUGUUGAAACCCUUGAAAGACAAAAAUCCCAAACCAAGGAAUUAAAGGAUGCACAUCAGCAGAGGAAGAUUGCAAUGCAAGAGUUCUCUGAACUCAAUGAAAGGAUGGCAGAGUUGCGUUCUCAGAAACAGAAGUUGUCCCGCCACCUCCGUGACAAAGAAGAGGAGUUAGAAAUAGCUAUGCAGAAGAUUGACACGAUGCGUCAGGACAUCCGAAAAGCAGAAAGGAUAAGAAAGGAGCUGGAAGCUCAGUUGGAAGACUCGAUUGCUGAAGCAUCAAAGGAAAGGAAGCUUCGAGAACACAGUGAGGUUUAUUCCAAGCAACUGGAAAAUGAAGUGGAAACAUUAAAGCUGAAGCAAGGAGGUCGGACCACAGGAUCCAGUUUACAACACCAGCAAGAACUCUCCAAGAUAAAAGCAGAACUAGAAAAGAAACUGGUUUUCUAUGAGGAAGAACUGAUGAGGUGUGAAGCUGCUCACAGUACAGAGAUUAAGAACCUUAAAAAGGAGGUCCACGAUUCAGAUGUGCAACAUUUAGCUCUGCAGAAAGACGUCAUGAUACUCAAGGACAAAUUGGAGAAGGCCAAGCGAGACAGGCAGAAUGAGAUGGAGGAAACACUGAGUGAACUGAAGAAGAAAUAUGAAUGUGAACGAAAUAUGCUUAUUGAAGAGAAUAAGAAAUUUUCAGUUGAGAACGAUCGAAUGUGUACAUUUGUGGACAAGCUCACAGCACAAAACAGGCGGCUUGAGGAUGAAUUGCAGGAUCUUGCAGCCAGAAAAGAGUCAGUGGCUCACUGGGAAGCUCAAAUUGCAGAGAUUAUACAAUGGGUGAGUGAUGAGAAAGAUGCAAGAGGAUAUCUGCAGGCUCUGGCAUCCAAGAUGACAGAAGAACUUGAAUCCCUCCGCAAUUCUAGUCUUGGUUCAAGAACAUUGGAUCCUCUGUGGAAAGUAAGACGCAGUGCAAAGUUGGAUAUGUCGGCUAGAUUAGAGUUGCAGUCAGCACUUGAUGCCGAAAUACGUGCUAAGCAAUUAGUGCAGGAAGAGCUAAGUAGAGUGAAAGCGACCAACAUGGCAUUUGAGAGCAAACUGAAGGAAGCGGAUGCCAAGAAUCAGCAAUUCAUGGAGGAGAUAUUGAAUUUAAAGAAAGAAUUGGAGGAAAGCAGAACUAGAACAGAAAAAGGUCUCAAACUUCCAGAUUUUCAAGACUCAAUUUUUGACUACUUUAACACCUCUCCAGUUCCACAUGACUUAGGAUUUAAAAGUGGUUCUGUCAGUGAAUCUGACAUCAGUGCCCUGAAGCCAGAAGCAUCUUCCCUUUCUCCAUCACCAUCAGCUUCUAGCAAUGUGGAACGGAAGGAUGAGCCAAUGACGCCUCAGCAAACUACUCCUGCUGCUACAUCUCCUAUAUUUGUACAGCCUACUCCUUUGCCUAAGCCUAAAGCCCAUCAGGUCAGCAUCAGAAAUUUCUCGAGCCCAACGCAGUGUAGCCAUUGUACGUCCCUAAUGGUGGGUUUAGUACGACAGGGAUAUGCCUGUGAUGUUUGCUCAUUUAUUUGCCACGUAUUGUGCAAAGAUAGUGCCCCUCAAGUAUGUCCUAUUCCAUCUGAGCAAGCAAAGAGGCCACUUGGAAUAGAUGUCCAGAGGGGCAUAGGAACUGCGUACAAAGGUUAUGUCAAGGUUCCUAAGCCGACUGGGGUGAAGAAAGGAUGGCAACGAGCAUAUGCAGUUGUUUGUGAUUGUAAGCUUUUUCUGUAUGACGUAGCUGAGGGCAAAUCUACACAGCCUGGAGUCGUUGCUAGCCAGGUGCUGGACUUGAGGGAUGAAGCUUUUUCAGUGAGUUCAGUAUUUGCAUCCGAUGUAAUUCAUGCUUCGCGGAAGGAUAUUCCUUGCAUUUUCAAGGUGACAACUCUGCUCCUCUCCUCACCGUCAAGGACUUGUUCAUUGCUUAUUCUAACAGAAAGUGAAAGUGAGAAGAGGAAAUGGGUUGGAAUCCUGGAAGGGCUCCAGAAUAUCCUACAAAAAAAUAAACUUAGAAAUAGAGUUGUAUAUACUCCACAAGAAGCAUAUGAUAGUACACUGCCUUUUAUUAAAACAAGUUUAUCUGCUGCUGUUAUAGAUCGUGAGCGUAUAGCUCUAGGCACAGACGAAGGACUUUAUGCAGUAGAGCUAACACGAGAUAUGAUAGUACGUGCAGCUGACUGUAAAAAAGUCUUCCAGAUUGAGCUUCUUCCCAAAGAAAAUCUCAUUGUCCUUAUUUGUGGCCGAAACCGACAUGUUCAUUUUUAUCCAUGGGCUGCUUUUGAUGGACCUGAGACCACCUUUGACGUUAAACUCGCUGAAACAAAAGGCUGCCAGACUAUGGUAACUGGAUCUUUGCGGCAGGGUAUUGUGAGCUGUCUCUUUGUGGCAGUGAAACGGCAGAUUUUGUGCUAUGAAACUAGCCGAACUAAACCUUACUAUAAGAAAUUCAAUGAGAUUCAGGCCCCAGGCAAUGUGCAAUGGAUGACGGUCUUUGAAGAAAGGCUAUGCAUUGGCUACCCUUCUGGAUUUUCACUGCUUAAUGUCCAGGGAGAUGGACCUUCCAUUAACCUUGUAAAUGCAAUGGACACAUCGCUUGCAUUUCUUUCUCAACAACUUUUUGAUGCUCUAUGUGCUGUGCAGAUUAGCAGUAAAGAGUACUUGCUCUGCUUCAGCCAUAUUGGUGUAUAUGUGGAUUUGCAAGGCAGAAGAUCACGCAUGCAAGAGUUAAUGUGGCCUGCAGUUCCUGUGGCCUGCGGUUAUGCUACUUCAUAUCUAACAAUUUACAGUGAGUAUGGCGUGGACGUCUUUGAUGUGAAUACCAUGGAAUGGGUCCAAACAAUUCCUCUUAGAAAGAUUCGACCAUUAAGUGCUGAUGGCACACUAAAUCAGCUCAACUCGGAACCUCCAAGGUUAAUAUAUUUCAAGAAUAACUUCUCAGAUGGAGACAGCUUGAGUGUGCCAGACACAUCAGACAACAGCAGAAAGCAGAUGCUCAGGACACGCAGCAAAAAGAGAUUUGCUUUCAGGAUACCAGAAGAGGAACGGUUACAACAGAGGCGUGAGAUGCUGAGAGAUCCUGAGAUGCGGUCAAAGCUGAUAUCCAAUCCAACAAACUUCAACCAUGUGGCUCACAUGGGACCAGGAGAUGGCAUGCAAGUACUUAUGGAUCUUCCACUGAGUGUGUCACCGGUAUCACAGGAUGAGCAGAUAAAAGAAAAGCGCGUUUCCCAUUCCAAUCUUUCAAGGCAACAGCGUAGCAAACAGCACAUUACACGUACAGCUUCAGGUGGGGAGGCUGUUAUGACAUCACGUAAUAUUUCUGAUCCUGACCAAGAUUUUGAAAGAGAGGACUCUGAUUCAACAAGGCAUUCAACACCUUCAAACAGCUCAAAUCCAAGUAGUCCACCAAGCCCAAACUCUCCUCACAGGAACCAAAUUACACUGGAUGGUUUGGACCACUCGACAUGUGAUGCAUGAUGAUCAACUUCGGUAAUACUUUACGAUGUUUAAAGCCACAAACCAAUAGGAUUUUCCAUUUUUAUUCAAUCUAGAAAAAUGAAAUUUUUUUGAAUUGCUACAAGAAAGUGCCAAGAAUGAAGAAUAAUUUCUUCUUUUAAUUCUUGCUGAUUGCACAUUAAAUUAUGUAUUCAUGCUCCUUUAUGAACAAUUCUAGCUUAUUUUGACUGUCAGCCUGAUAAAAUGACUAGGUAUCAUGCAUAUUCUUUGGUGAUUACAGUUUUGUGCAGUGUUGAUAAAUUGCAACCUUUUAACAGCCAAAUAAAUUUGGGAUUAUGAGGCUUACACAUUCUUUUACACCAAACUUUCCUUCCAAAUUUCUAAUAGUUGGUAAAUGGUGAAAUAAAAUUGUCCUUGUUUGUGCAUCUUAGUUUAUAAAUAUAAAUGAAAAAAAAUGUUUUCUUCAGGGUAUACAUGACACCAGUAAAUAAUACUGUGAAUACGAAUUUUAGUUGCCUUUUGUAUUACUGUUUUUAAUCUCUGAAGUAGAUGUACUUUCUUUGUGCUAGCAUUGUAGUGAAAGACCACAUCUGUCAAUUAUGCGCCCAAUGCUGAAACAUUAAUGCUGGGAAAUGCCAGACAUGGACCUGCUGCAUCUUAAAAUAUACAGUUAUUGUAAAAGAUAUUAAAAGUGUGAUUGAUUGUUCUAUUGCUGAUUGAGGUAGCAUAGAUGUUUCAAGAAUUGGUGGUCCCUGGGAAUAUAAGGAAGCCACAUUAAUUUGAUCCUUUUCAAAAACGGUCAUUGCAUGAAUAUACAUUCCUACAAAAAUGUUGUAUUGUUAUGUUAUUGUAAAAACAAACUUCAUGGCAGUCUUGUACAUUUUGAUAUGCACCCAGAUGAUAUGCUCCUUCUGAAGGGAGUUAGUGUGCGUAUGUCAGUGUAUAUAUAACUCAUGUUCAGUGUAUGAUAAACAUUAAUACUCAGAAUUUUGUCCAAAUUGCAUUAAAGGCUUGUACACACAGCCAGUAUAUCUGUUUUAUCAUCACACCUGUGUGCCUUCUGUGCCGUAUUUGACAAUUUACUGUUCAUACAGAUGCCGUAUGAUUUCCCUACUCAAGAUCACUGUAAAGAGAUUGCAUGUUUUAGUCAACCAGAUCCCCGUCUGAGUGGAUGGUAAUUGUGACGUGCCACAUUAAGCAACUAAUCAAACUACUUAUCUCUCAUUUACUUAAAAGGGCUCACUGUGGAGCCUAACACUACUGGUGAAACAGUUUGAUUUUUUUUUGUUAAUUUGUGAAAGUGGGUAGUCUUAAAAUCAGCUAACCACUCUUUGUAAUUAUGGAAUUGUGCUUUGAUAAAGUACUGAAAAUUGAACUGUCAAUAAAGCAUAAAAGG